AUGGCCUUUGGUCGCAGACUCGCGAUCCUCCCCGGAGGUCUAGGUGGACUUGGCUCAAGUAUCGGCAAAAAACUGCAACAGCAAGGUGCUCGUGUUGCGAUUUUGUAUGCUCCCUUUGAGGCCGCUCGACGAGAUGAGCUACUUGAGCAGGGUUACGGUGGAGGCUCUGAUAUCAAUGAUAUCCGAACAUAUGAAUGCGAUAUCACGUUCCCCGGACUCUGUUCAGACAUGGUCUCUCCUGAUUUCUCACCUGUUAAUGAGAGGGCGUUUCCAAGCAUCCUAAUCAACACCGCUGGGUAUGUGUCUCUGAGUGACAUGGAGAUCACCCCUCCGGAGGAGACCAUGAAGCAUUUGACAACCAAUGUCUUCGGACCGAUGCUUUGCUCCCAGGCUUUUGCACGUCUCUACUUCGCUGCCUCGAAGGCUGCGGAAUCUUCGCCUAGUCCUCCGCCGCCAGGAAGAAUCGUCAGCAUCUCGUCGCAGGCGGCGCACGUAGCACUGCAUCGUCAUGGUGCGUAUUGUGCUUCUAAGGCUGCACUCCAGGGUUUGACACGCAGCAUGGCUUCGGAAUGGGGAGGUCGUGGUAUCACUUCCAACACUGUCUCACCUACUGUAGCAUGGACGGCUCUAGGUCAGAAAGCUUGGGGAGAAGACUUUGUAAGGGAGGCUUUCCUUAAAAAUAUCCCGACUGGGAAGUUUGCACUUCCCGAGGAAGUUGCUGAAUCGGUACUAUUCCUUUGUCAGGACUCCAGCGGCAUGAUCAAUGGUGCUGACAUUCGAGUUGAUGGAGGCUUUACCAUCCGUUAA